UGAACUAAGAGAUAAACAAGUUACACUUGGAUGUAUUGGAAUAUUGACUUUUAGUAAUGUUAUUACAUUAAACGUUUAUAUAAAUAUAAAAAUUUCAUUUUAGUUGUUGCGCAUAAUAUUCUUUGUUGUUAUUUUUUGUAAUUGCCCUAAGUCUAGUUUCAUAAUGAGCGACUCAGAGCAAAGCAACAAGGUCAACGAAUUUGCAAGCAUAACUAAUGUAGAUUCUGAAAGAGCUAAAUUUUAUUUAGAAUCGGCCGCAUGGAAUAUGGAUGCUGCAUUGGCCAGUUUUUAUGAUGAAGGUACUGAUGACGAACCUUUGAACGAUAAUGCUGGGCAGUCUACAUCUAGGCCGGCAGCUGUUUCUAACAGAGAUGUACCUAUGGCGAGCGUGUCGAGUUAUAAGCCAGCAGCAAAACCAAAAAAAUGGCAACCACAAUCUAGGAUAAUGACUUUCAGUAGUUUGAAGAAUGCUGAAGUUGAAGAUAAAGAUAGUGAUGAUGAAGGUCAGAGGUUCUAUGCUGGCGGAUCAAUCACAAGUGGUCAACAAGUAAUUGGACCUCCGCGCAACAAUACCGAUGUCAUCACUGAUAUGUUUCAAACGGCACAAAAAUAUGCUAGUACUUCAGCUCCAAGUAGUAGCAGCAGUUCUACACAUGACGGUGGUGCAUCAAAUUUCUUUGGUACAGGUUACAAAUUAGGCCAAACUGAAAAUGACACUGAAGUCAUUCCAUCUCAUAAUCCUACUACAAAACGUUCAUCUAAUCAAGAAGAAGUUGUCUUAAAAGUAUGGAAAGAAGGAUUCACUAUCAAUGAUGGUGAGCUGCACAGCAUUGAUAAGCCAGAAAAUAGAGAAUUUCUACUUCUAGUAGCUAGAGGAGAGGAUAUUCCACCGCUACUUUUGAAAGAGGCAAAUGUAUCUAGCGAAGAUGAACUUCAUGUUAGUGUUGAAGAUCAUAGAUAUGAAGAAUAUGUACCAACUAAACCAAAAAAAAAGAUUUUUGGAGGGUCUGGAAAUUUGUUGGGAAGCCCUGCACCAGAUGUUGUUGGUAAUGAAAUCCCAAAAGAAGUUUCUUCAGACAAUGGUGUUGCUAAUGAAACAAGUGCUCGAGCUGAAGUUCCUUUAACACCAGAUGCACCAACCACUUCAUUACAGAUCAGAUUAGUAGAUGGUACAAGAAUUGUAGCCACAUUUAAUCAUAGCCAUACAAUUGGAGAUGUUCGCCGUUACAUCAUAGCUGCAAGAUCCAGCUUUGCUACUAGGCCAUUUAAAUUGCAGUCAUCAUACCCUCCAAAAACAUUAGACAAUAAUGAUCAAACAUUGUCGGAGGCAGGAUUAUUGAACACUGUGAUUUUCCAACGUAUUGGUUAAAGUAUUUUAGUCUUACUUGAUUUUUUUUUUUUUGUUUUUAUUAAUUUAUUACAUUAU